GAGACUGAUGGCUCAUAUAACCAGGUGACUGAAACCCUCAGGCAAAAGAUUGAGUUCUUGAAAACUAAAGUUACCACUCAGAUUAACCGAAUCAGAUUGCUGCAAAGAGGCAUCAGAGACCAGGUGGUAGAAAUGAAGCGCCUUGAGGUUGAUAUUGACAUUAAACUUCGUUCUUGCAAAGGAUCCUGUGCAAAGGGAGUUGACUAUAAUGUGGAUUAUGAAAGCUAUGAAAAUAUCCAGAAACAGCUCUUGCAAGCUGAAUCUACUGAUCUCAGACCAAAUCACAAUGCUAUACCUGUAUUGAAGAUGAGGCCAAUUAAAGAUGCUCCCAUGGUUGAUUCACGUUUCAAGACACUUGCCCAAAAUAAAGCUGAAUAUCCCAUAUUCUCUGACAUUGGACAAUAUGCAUUUGUACUAGAAGGGAAAAGUAAAGAGGUAAGUGGACAACCAGUGUCCACUUCAAGUGUCUCUCACGUCUCUGGUAGCAUAAAAGAGCAACCCUCCCAAACUUCCACAUUUGUUAUUCAAGGGGAUAAAACUGAAAGUCGAGUCAUUACAUGCACAAAAACUAUUACUAAGAAAACAAUUCAUGGGCCAGAUGGACCUAGGGAAGAAGUUUUUGAAACAAUGAGUGGAGAUGAGUGUCAGAAAUUAGAAGAGCUAAAGAAAGAAGGAAAGGGCGAGCUUGAUGCUGAUGGCACAUACACUCUGAAAGUAACUGGAAGUGGCAGUGCAGGAGGUGUCCACCUCCCAAGUUGGGAAGAAUUUCUUAGUGGUAAACAGGUCAGUGGUGGCAGCUUUUCUACUGGCAGUUCAACCUCUAAAACUCAGAGUUCAUCAUCGAAAACGCAAACUUCAUUAACCCUUGGAGAAGAUGAAUUUGAUGAUUUUAGCCAUACAGACCUUGGUCCUCCUAGUUUCCAACCCGGAAAAGGUUCUUCUGGAUCCACUACAUAUUCCAAGACUGUAGUAAGCAGCAGCAGUGGGACCACAAAGGAUGGAACAGAGUGGGGUACUAAAUACAAGAGUGGGCCAGUGUUUGAAGAUCUCGGUCCAAUACAAGUUGAAAACAGUGAAGAAGACGUGCCUGAUUUUCAUGCCCGCAGUGUGAAACCAGGAGUGAAAAAAACUUCAUCUAGCGGUGGACAGGACUGUGCCGAUAUCCUCCAGAAGCACAGUUCUGGUGGCAAAAGUGGCAUUUUCAAAAUCAAGCCAGAGGAAUCCCAAACAGAACUGUCAGUGUAUUGUGACCAAGACACCCAGAUAGGAGGAUGGCUUUUGAUUCAACAGAGAGAAGAUGGAUCUGUGAAUUUUAACAGAACAUGGCAAGACUACAAGCAUGGAUUUGGAUCUGUGGAUGCAAAUGGGAAAGGAGAACUUUGGCUGGGAAAUAAAUACAUACACAUGCUGAGCCAGAACGAGACAGUUCUCAGGGUUGAGCUAGAGGACUGGUCUGGGAAGCAGGCUUAUGCAGAAUAUAUCUUUCAUUUAGGGUCAGAAUCAGAGGGUUAUGCUCUUCAUGUUAGUAAUUAUGAAGGUUCAGCAGGGGAUGCUCUCACAGAAGGCUCCAAAGAAGACAGUGAAAACACCUCUCAUGAUAAAAUGAAGUUUAGCACAUAUGAUAGGGACAAUGAUAAAUGGGAGGAGAACUGUGCAGAAAUGUAUGGAGGGGGGUGGUGGUACAAUAACUGCCAAGCUGCCAAUCUGAAUGGGAUUUACUACACUGGAGGUCAAUAUGAUCCUAGGAAUAAUGCCCCCUAUGAGAUUGAGAAUGGAGUUGUCUGGUUGUCUUUCAAGCCAGAUGAUUAUUCUCUAAAAACUGUGAGAAUGAAAAUACGGCCUGUGGAAACUGCAUAA